AUGUCUUACUACGGAGGACAGCCUUACUACCAGGAGCGCCCUCCUUAUGAGCGCCCCCCCUACGACGCCCCGCCCGCCGACAGACCUCCCUACGAGCGCCCCCCAUAUGACAGACCUCCUUAUGACCGCCCACCUUCCGACAGACCUCCCUACCAGGGCUCCCCCUACGAGAGACCUCCCUACCAGGGUGGUCCCCCUCCAGAGCGUCCUCCCUACGAAGGUGCCGACCGCUCUUACGACUCUCGCCCUCCAUACGCUAGCCCCCCCUCGUCCUUCCGGCCUCCCCCGGUUCCUCCCCCUCCUCUUCCCAUGGGCUGGACCCAGGAAUGGGAGCCCAGCGCCCGCCGUGCUUUCUUUGUCGAGGUUGCCACUGGCCGCUCCCAGUGGGAGCCUCCGCUAGGCGACUCCGACGGCUCCCGCGAUCUGGCUCCUGCCGGACCUCCAGGUGGAUACUAUGGUGCUUCUUCGCCUGCCCCUCCUCCGCCGGAGGGCGGAUACUACCCCCCUCCCCAGCAGGGUGGAUACUAUCCCCCUCAGCAGGGCGGUGAAUACGUCGACCCCGAGGAGCAGAAGAAGAACGAGCGCAAGAAAAUGAUGCUUGGUGCUGCUGGCGGUCUGGCCCUCGGUGUUGCCGCUGGUGCUCUCAUCAACCACGAACUGGAGGAGCACUCGAGCUCGAGCGACGAGGAGCGCGAAGGCUCCCCCCAGCGUGAGAUCUACCACGAGCGUGAAGUAUACAUCGAGCGUGACGUUGAGCGUGAUGAGGAGCCUGCCUACGAGCCCGAUGACUGGUAG